AUGAAAUUCACUGUUAACCUUACUGCUCUGCUUUUUGCAGCAUUGUCCUCGGCUAUGGCUGCAAAAGCUGCACCACCUGUUGCGCGUGCCCCAGAUGCAAUGUCCAUCAUAUUUUUCGAUGAUACCUUCCUCACCGGUGAUUCCUACUCUCCUGCAAAUUCCGGUCCCGAUGUCUGUAUUACCCUUGCGUCCAAUUGGAGAAACAGAGCGGAGAGCCUGGUGAUUGCGUCUGGCUAUUCUUGUGCAUUCCAUGCCUUUACAAACUGCCAAGGCACCGCACGAACACUAAGCGGUACUAUCAACCAGCUUCCCCAAACUGGUAACCCAGUCCUUUAUCAAAACAUUGAGUCUUUCGAGUGCACAAAACUGGGAUAA